UUGCAAGACCCCAGCGCCAACUGCAAGCGUUACACCCUGGAGGCGUUUGCAGGCCCCCCCUCCCCACUCCUGCGGGCAAGGAAGCUGUUCUCAGGCUGUCUGGGCGCAGGGCAGGACCCGGGACACAAAGAGGGCUGCUGUUCUGCAGGGUUGGCAUAGCUCUGGAGUCCUUUGCAGCCUGGGGACAGAGCGUGUGUGCGCGUGAGAGAGAGAGAGAGAAAGAAAAAAGAGAGUGCAUGAGAGCAAACGAGAAACAAAGAGAAAGAGGGAGGGAGAAAGAGAGAAGAGAGAGAGAGAAUGCAUGAGAGCAAAAGAGCAAAAGAGCAAGUGUGUGUGUGAGAGAGAGACAGAGAGAGAGAAGAGAGAGAGAAAGUGCAGGAGAGCCAAAGAGCCAAAGAGAAAGAGAGACAGAUAGAAAGUGUGUGUGUGAGAGAGAGAGGGAGAGAGGGGGAGAGAGAGAAAGAGAGAGAGUGAGAGAGAGAGGAGAGAGAAUGUGUGAGAGAGUACAUGGGAGCAAAAGAGCAAAAGAGAAAGAGAGAUAGAAAGUGUGUGUGUGAGAGAGAAGAGAGAGAGAGGGAGAAAGAGAAAAGAGAGAGAGAAUGCAUGGGAGCAAAAGAGCAAAAGAGAAAGAGAGAUAGAAAGUGUGUGUGUGUGUGAGAGAGAGAGAGAGGGAGAAAGAGAGAAAAGAGAGAGAGAAUGCAUGAGAGCAAAAGAGCAAAAGAGAAAGAAAGUGUGUGUGUGUGAGAGAGAGAGACAGAGGGAGGGAGGGAGAGAGAGAGAGUGAGAGAGAGAGAGGAGAGAGAAUGUGUGAGAGGGUGCAUGGGAGGAAAAGAGUGACAGAAAGUGUGUGAGUGUGUGAGAGAGAGAGAGAGAGAGGAGAAGGAGAGGAGAGGGAGGGAGGGAGUUUUUCCAGAGCGGGCAGCCUCUUCCCCCCACCCCUUUCCUCCAUUCCCCUCCCACCCCUCCUCUACCCCCCGCCGGAGAGCCCUUCUCUCUUCGCGAGGCCGGGCCGAGAGAGGCGGCAGCGCUGGGUCGGGGGGCGUCCUCGGUUGCAGGCAGGCCCGUCGCCCGGGGCCAAGCACACCUGGAUCCCAUCCGGGGCGCCCCCCCCCCGCCCAAAGAGCGGAGCCUCCGCUCCAGAAUGCCUGAGCGGGAUCCCGAUGGGGGAGCCGGGCAGCGCAGCCAGAGGAAAGCGGCCGUCCAGUGAUCCCCGGGGAAGGAAGGCAGUUGGGGUCCGGGGGGGGCCCUCCAGCGCCCCCUCCGCAGGAGCCAUGGACCCCCAAUCUCUGGAUGCCGCUGUGCAGAACACUUUGUCAGGGCUCUUCCCUCCCUUCGAGGUCACGGCUCCCACGGUGCUGAGCCAGCUCUUCCGGGUCCUGGAGUCCAAGUACCAUGGGGAUGGGCUCUGCUGCCUCCUGGACUUCCUCAUCCCUCUGAAGCGCCUCUUGGAGCACAUCCGACAAGCUGCCUGCGCUCCCUACUCUGGCUGUGUCUUCCUGCACGAAGGCUGGCCCUUGUGUCUCCACGAGAAGGUGACCGUCCAUCUCAGCCCCUUGAACCCCCUACUGCUCCGUCCGGGAGACUUUUACCUCCAAGCCGAGCCUUGCGGGGAGCAGUCAGCCUGCCUGGUGGUGAAGUGUCUCUCCAGGGACUUGACCACCGCUGAGAAGAUCUCCAUCCCUGAUGCCUCUUGCUCUUGGCUCUUCACCGAAGCUUGGUUGGAGGACAUCAACCGAGAUCUGGAACGGCCAACCCUGCACACCUGCCUGGUGGCCACCGGCAACGGGAUUGUCCCCGUCCUCUGGAGUAAAAUAGCUACCCCGGAGUUCGUCCAGCUCCCCAAAGCAGAACUUAUGGAGAAGGACUCGGUCCACCCUGAGACCCACUGCAGGUUGAAUGCUGAGCCUCCAAGCCACCCCAGCGGUGGAGACCAGGUCUCCAAACCACCUCAAGGGAAGUAUCCAGGACUCAUCAAGGUGGACCAAGGCUCCUGGAAGAAGUCCAACCUCUUUGUGGUGCCCAGCCUCUGCGACAUCAUUAGCGAGAACCUGGAAGGCGAAUAUGUCAACCUGGUGGAGUUUUCAGAAGAAUCUCCCAAAGUUGAGAUGUCUUCUCCAGAGGUGGCCCCUCAUCACCUUCAACCGGAAGCAUUUCCCGCGGCUGAGAAGGUGCUUCUUCGGCCCAAUGGGGAGGCCGGAUCUCAGGGGGAGGCCUGGAAUUGUGGGAAGGAGCAAGAUUUGGAGGAAGGUCCCUGUACCCCCUGUCUGAGAAGGAAACUAAGUCCGGACUCCAAGAUCCAUGAGCCACGGUGCCGUUACCGAGACUCCUAUAUGGCGGCUCUCCAGAAUCCCAUCAGUUUCAAUUCGGGGCUGAUGGCGGCCAUAUUGGAGGAAAUGGAUUUGACCCAAGCAGCGUCCUCUUCAGAGGACACAGAGGCCCAGCCGGAUGAAGGGUCAGGCCAGAUGAUCUCUCCGAACCUCUCGGAACACCCCAACAAGGAAAGGAAAACUGAGGAAAGUCCCAAGUCGGGGGUCACGAAACUCGCAAAGUCUCCAGCCGAAGGUCUGGCGGUCAGCAGUAAAUUCUCCUUCCUGAAAGGCCACCGUCCUUCGGCCUCUUCUGGGGAGGGCCCCGGGCCCCCCGAAAAAGCUGGCAAGGGGCCCGAAGGGCCUCGGAAGAAAGCCUUGAUGGUCUCUUCUCCAAAAGCGGCCAGAGCAAAGCCAGCAGCUGGAAAGGGUUCCAGUCAGACUGAAGUCGCAUUUGGGGAACUCUCAAGAUCCCUGAAUCUGGACGCUGUUGGUGUCACCCCCUCCAGGACUGAAACCCAGAUCAGCGAGUCGCUUGUCCUGGGAUCGAGUCCCUCCGCGUCGGUCCCAUGGGAUCUGCUCAACUCUGAGCUUUUGUCUUCGGGGAUUGCCCGUCUGCCAGGCAGCGUGGACAAGCUCGGGAGGCCCCUGGUUGAAAUCCCCCAAAACGGAGGAGGCUGGCAGGACCCUGGGUUCUCCGCCAAAGAGGUGGCACGGCUUCUACUCUGCCUUUGCUCCAUGGCCAGGAAGCGUUCCCACGACCAGGCGGUGGUCAUCCUCAUUGAUGCCAGAAAAGAAGCUCCCUCUCCCACGCUCCCCACAGCCCUGGGAUCCCUCCAGAAAUCCUUUCCUGGAUCCAUCCAGGUUCUCCUGCUGGUGGCAGAGAAGGAGGCCACCGCUCAGGUGGAGAAGUUCCUCGGCUUACAGGUGGAGACCGUGACAUCUCCAAAAGCUUUGAUCCGCCACGUGGACAUUAGCCAGCUGACGCAGGCAUUUGAUGGUCACUUCCCCUACAACCACGGGGAAUGGGUGCAGUUCUUCCAGAAAGUCCAUCAUUUUGUCGGCGGUCUCAAAAAGGCCUCCGAGUUGUUACGGUCCACCACCCAGGAGCUGGAGAAGGAAGAGGGUCUGGAGACCUUGCAGGCGGUGGAGCGCCAAGUCAGCAGGCACCGGCAGCUCAUGCAAGAGGUUCUUCGCGAUGCCCACCUGGUCAGCUUGCAGAGGGAAGGAGGGGCCACCCUGGCCAGGCUGCGGAAAGAGGCGGCCCGACUCGGCUUCACUCCUGACGUCCGGCGCAGUUUUGAGAGCGCCCUAGCCAUCUACAACCUGGUGGAGGAGGACGUCCACACGUUGGUGACCAAAUCCAACGGUUGCUUGGAACACUUGGAGUUCCUCAAGAAGAUCAGGGAACUUGAGGAGGAAUUUCACCAGGUCACUUUGUGGAUUGAUGAAGAAGGAGAUCCAGAGCUGAGCCUGGUGGGAUUGGCAGAAGGCAGCCUGGAGAAGACUGAAGAGUCCUACCGGCAGUUUAAGGACUUUUUCAAAGAAGCCACGGUUCACUACAACCGGGGCCUCUCUUUAUCCAAGGAAGCCGUCAAGAUCCAAGGGUUCAAGUUUCCUGAGAUGGUCGCCUUUGAGGCAGCCAAGGGGGCUUUCCAAGCUAAGCUGACCAUGUUCUACAUGGACAUGGAGAUGAAAGGAGCAGAGCUGGAAUCUUUCCUGGACCUCUACAGAUUCUGUGACAAGGUCACGGCAUUUCACCUGGACUGCAAGGAACAUCUGGCCCAGUGGAAGGCCAGGGAGAAGGAACCCAACACCCUGGAGGUCCAGCAAGACACCAAAGAUGCUCUCCGGCGAAUGUCCGAGGACUUUUCAGAGGAGAAGUUCCAGCAGAUGAAGCUCCAAGCUUCCAGCAUGCACAGUGAGAAGGGUCGCUUGAUCUGGAGUGAUGCCUUGGAACGAAGCCAAGAAGCCAAGGGAAUUCUGGAAGACCUUCUGAUCAACUUCAAGGAGGCCAAGGGAAUCACUGCAGGAGGCUGUGGGGAAGAGAGAGGUCCUUCAGCUCCUAACUCAUCUUCGUCAAUCCCAGUUGAUGUCCUCAAUGGUGGUGAGGUAUUGGAGACCACCAAGAAUCUGGAGCCGUUCUCCAAAGAAACCGUUGACAGAAUUGAUGGUGUUGACCCUUCCUCUCACAAGGAGUCCUUGUGCAUCAGCUCAGACAUGGGUGUAAGAGGCAACAAGGAAACUUCUCCAGGGGCCAUCUUGGAAUUUGGUGGGUUUGACCAUCAGGUUCUGGGCAAGGAGCCCUCUGGAAGACCUCAGAGGACCUCCUGGGAUUCUUCUCCGUUGUGUCGUUCUUCUGCCUCUUCUCCCAAAGCAGAGCCAAUGCCAGGAACUGGGGAGACUCUGCCACCCACCGGCCACUCCUCUGCCCCUCUGUUGGUGAGAGGUCCACCACGCCCCCAGAAGCGAGAGAGAGCCCAGUACUUCCAGCUCUCCAGACACGGGAGUUUUUCUUCAGAAGACGCCGAUUCUCAGAACUCAUCUGAAGAUGCCGUGGACUCCAGUAGCACGUGGUCCAUGGAACUGCAGGGCCUGCGAGGAGGUGGGGCUCAGGAGAAGGGCCUGGGGAUCCUCUACUUGGAGAACCACAGUCCAAGCAGCGGCUCAAGUCCGGUGAAACCAGAGACUUGAGGUGUUGGAGCUCUGGAUUAUCUCUAGGUCUUCUCCUGGCCAACCGAUCUGGUGCUGAAAACAUUCCUGGUCGUUUGGGUGCUUUUGUAUCCCAGCUGGAUUUUCGCCCAAAGCCCAAUUCUGUUUCUUCACUCUGACAGGGCAAGCCACUAGUGUAUAUAAAUAGAGCAAACCUCACUCCCAUCUAGCAUUGAUGAUGAUACCUUGUCAGGUAAUCAAACGUCUGCAAGAAAACAACCCAGCUCAGAGAGGAUCAAGGACCUCACAGUCCUCCUCCUCCUCCUCCUCCUCCACCCUUCCUUCCUUCCUUCCUUCCUUCCUUCCUUCCUUCCUUCCUUCCUUCCUUCCUUCCCCUCUGCAAACCUAACUCCUUUCUAGCACUGAUGAUGUUCCUUAGUUGGGUCAUGAAACAUCAGCAAAGAAACAACCAAGCUCAGAGAGCACCAAGGACCCCACAAUCCUCCUCUUUCUUCUCCUUCCUGGCCCAUAGACAUGGUUUAAUGGAUGACGACUUCUCUUCUUCUUCUUCUUCUUCUUCUUCUUCUUCUUCUUCUUCUUCUUCUUCUUCUUCUUCUUCUUCUUCUUCUUCUUCUUCUUUCUUCUUCUUCUUCUUCUUCUUCUUCUUCUUCUUCUUCUUCUUCUUCCUUCUCCUCCUCUUCUUCUCCUCCUCCUCCUCCUCCUCCUCCUCCUCCUUCUCCUUCUUCUUUUCUACUCCUUCUUCUUCUCCUUCUUUUCUUCUCCUUUUCUUCUCCUUCUCCUCUUUCUUCUUCUUUUCUUCUUCCUCUUCUUCUCCUUCUCCUUCUCCUUCUUUUCUUCUCCUUUUCUCCUCCUCCUCCUCCUCCUCCUCCUUUUCUUCUUUCUUCUUCUUCUUCCUCUUCUUCUCCUACUCCUCCUCCUUCUUUUCUUCUCCUUCUCUUCUCCUUUUCUUCUUCUUCUUCUCCUUUUCCUCCUCCUCCUCCUCCUCCUCCUCCUCCUCCUCCUCCUCCUCCUCAUACACCGAGGCUGGAUCACUGUUCAUUCUUGCAGACUUGAGUCCAAAGUUUCUUAACAUUUUUUUAAAAAGUUGCAUUGGUUUUGCUUCUCAUCCAGGAAGCUUCUUUGAUUCUUGAGAAGCGAAACAUCUUCAAGGCAAAAUCAAGGAGGCCCUUUUGAAAAGGCACCUUUGGGGCAACCUUGGCCUGGAUGACGGAGAAUCUCCAUAGAUGUUUUCCAGAGUGCUUUAAAAUAAAGUCCUGAUGGCACCUACAGAAAUAUUGCUAGAAUUCAGAGGGAAAAAUGCACCGCUCUGAAACUCACCAGGUGUCUUAAGGUCACGUUCAGACUGGCCUACCUCACAGGGGUGAAGCAUAGAAACAAGUGGGAGAAUCUUAUCAAUUCAGUAACCUUUGCACUCCUGGGAGAAACGCAGAAUGAAAUGCAAAGGGGUUUUUUGGGGGGGGGAGAUGUGGGAAUCGCUAUGAGAAAAGAACAUGUGUUUAUAAUCUCAUUCUUUUUAUAUUGUUUUUUUUUUUAACCAAAAAAGAAAGAAAAAAAUCAUUUCUACUUGGUUCACA